GAGUGAGGGUCGCACAACCGGGUAAGCCAAAAAAGAAGAAGAAAGGGGAUGAUAUCCUCCGGACUGCUGUGUAGCUCGUUUCUACCGGUCCGAAGCUCGUCAUCUUCACCAUCUGUUCUCUGUACUAGGUUUGGACGGAAAGGCUUCGAAGACAGCAGCAACAGAUGGUGUUCUUCUUGGCCUCAUCAUCAGCUAAGGAAGGAAGUGCAUGUGGCAUGUGGGGCCCAAAAGGACGCAGAGCAGCAACAGCAGCAGAAGCAGCAGCUAUUGGAAGAAGGCGUCCAGCAGAGAAGAGGCCAGCAGAUUGUUCUCUGGGCUGCCGAGAGUGCAUACGUUUUAUGGCUAUUCCUCCUCCCUUAUGCUCCCGGUGACCCAGUAUGGGCGAUCAAGCCGGAUACGAUCGAUGCUCUAUUGGGCCUUUCCCUCAAUUUCUUCUUUAUCUUGCCCUUUGCAAAUUCUGUUGGAAUUCAUGUGAUUGAAUCCCCAGUGCUUCACCCAGUGUCUGAAGGAUUAUUCAAUUUUGUUAUCGGUUGGACGUUGAUGUUCGCUCCGUUGAUAUACACAGAUUGCAAGCGAGAUAGAUACAGAGGAUCUUUAGACCUUCUAUGGGGCCUCCAGAUGUUCCUCACAAACAUAUUCUUGAUACCCUACAUGGCGAUCCGACUCAAUGAUGAUGAUUCAAAUUAUGCUCCUAGAAAGCUAUCUAAAUUGGGCUCCAUUAUGACAUCUGGUGCACCAAUAGUGGGACUCAUUGGUGGGGCCGUUUGUCUGCUCUCAGCAUGGUGGGCCUUUUCUGGACGUGGAAAUUAUGGAUUUGGGUCCCUGGAAGAUCGUUGGGAGUUCUUCUCAAGGUACAUUGGGUCGGAGAGGCUAGCUUAUGCCUUCAUCUGGGAUAUAUGUCUUUAUGCCGUCUUUCAGCCAUGGUUGAUAGGCGACAACCUACAAAAUGUGCAAGAAAGCAAGGUAGGGAUAGUGAGUACUCUAAGGUACAUCCCUGUUGUUGGCCUGGUUGCUUACCUUUUGAGCUUGAAUUACGAUAGAGAGCUUUAGUCUGUUUUUGGAUGGACAAGUGAAUUGAAUUACAAACAAUCAUCUUAAUCAAGAGAAAAUAACAGAAAAUAACAAUGUUCUGAAGCA